AUGAGCGAAAAUGCCAUGGCUGGCUCAGAAGUGCGCCGCAACUCUUUAAACCAGCGAAACAUGCUGCUGAGUAUGAGACUGAACAACGGACUUGGACGGAAAAGUCUGGGGAACUCGGCCCGAUCUGGAAUCGGAUCAAAUUCCGUACGGAAGCCGUGGCGUAUGAACUUUACGCAGGAAUCUAGAACCGGGCAUUUAGGAGCCGGGCCCACUGUCCGCGUUAAAGAUCCGGGGGUUAGCUCUAGAGCCUCUUCUCCCGCGAAGAUUAAUUCUAGAACUGUACAAACAUCUCCAAGAAAAGAUCACAAAGAGCUUAAUAACCGUAUUUUGGAAAAUUCGCCGCUGAAGUAUCAGGAGCUAUCGCUGGAUGAUUUUGAAGUGGGUAAAAAACUGGGUAAAGGCAAAUUCGGGAAAGUUUACUGCGUGAAACACAAACGAACUGGAUUCAUUUGUGCUUUAAAAGCCAUGAAAAAGAAAGAACUUGUUCAGAAUAACGUUCAAAAACAGUUUCGGCGCGAGGUUGAGAUCCAGGCGGCACUCAAGCACCCCAAUCUUACUCGACUUUAUGGAUACUUCCACGAUGAGAAACGGGUUUAUUUGUUGAUGGAGUAUAUUGUCAAUGGCGAGCUGUACAAGCACCUUAGAUCCCAUGGCCCUUUCAACGAUAUAGCAGCAUCAUACUUCGUGUAUCAAAUAGCUGAUGCACUCGAUCACAUGCACAGUCGGCAUAUUUUACAUAGGGAUAUCAAGCCAGAGAACAUCCUAAUAGGCUUUCAAAAUACCCUUAAAUUAACUGAUUUUGGUUGGAGUGUAACCAAUGUUGGAAACGGUAAACGAAAAACUCUGUGCGGCACCUUAGAUUAUCUAUCUCCGGAACUCAUCAAAAUCCGAGAAUACGAUGAUAAAGCUGACGUUUGGGCAUUAGGCGUUUUGACUUUUGAGCUCCUAGUAGGUAACCCUCCAUUUGAGGAAAGUUCUAAAGAGCUUACUUACCGACGCAUUCUCAAACGGGAUUUGAGAUUUCCAGACCACGUCUCGAUGCAGGCUCGCGAUCUCAUAAAUAAACUAUUAGAGUAUGAGCCCAAUGCCAGAAUAACUCCGAAGGACAUGAAAAAGCACCCAUGGAUUGAAACAAAUCGUCCAUUCUGGUGA